AUGUUGUUGGGUCCUUUAGUGUCUGAUAGCUUGGAGCCGCUGUUUGCUGCUCGGGUGGUUUAUGACCUCCUCUUUUAUUUCAUCGUCAUCAUUAUUGUGCUGAACCUCAUUUUCGGAGUCAUCAUCGAUACGUUUGCCGAUCUCAGAAGCGAAAAGCAGAAAAAAGAAGAAAUCCUCAAGACAACCUGUUUCAUCUGCGGCCUUGAGAGAGACAAGUUUGACAACAAGACGGUUUCAUUUGAAGAACACAUCAAGUCGGAGCACAACAUGUGGCACUACCUCUAUUUUAUCGUCCUGGUCAGAGUGAAAGAUCCCACGGAAUAUACUGGACCAGAAAGUUAUGUGGCUCAAAUGAUUGCGGAAAAAAACUUAGAGUGGUUUCCUCGGAUGAGAGCCAUGUCCUUGGUCAGCAACGAAGGGGACAGUGAACAGAACGAAAUCAGGAACCUGCAAGAAAGGUUGGAGACCACCAUGUCUUUGGUCAAGCAGCUAUCCGGCCAACUCGCUGAGCUUAAAGAACAGAUGACCGAACAAAGGAAGAACAAACAGAGGCUCGGGUUUUUGGGACCCAACGCUCCCCACGUGAACCAUCACACUUCCCCGCACUGAUGUAACACACACACACCGGAUUGUGACACUGCCUUUCAUCCCUGGAUCACGAGGCAGAAGAACUGAGGACUGAAGAGCGUUCUUUGUUCCACGGUUUUUCAUCCAGAGUGCCAAAAUGGAAGAAGCUUUCACUGCAUUUUAUGGUCAAAAGGGGCCGGGGUUUAAUACCCCCCCCCCUCCUUACAGAUUCCGCGAAACAGGCCCUAAUCUUCAUUUUCGCUCCAUAAACAAAAAAAGGAAACGAGGGAGCAUCUCCGUUGACGCUCCGGCUUUUCAAUCGGGAUUCAUUCUCUUCUUUAAAACGAAAUCUGGUUUUUCUCCAGAAGUUGGAAGGGAAGAAGCUGAAAUCGGUUGAGUUGUUUGGAUGCCGUUCUAAGAAACUUUCUGACUCCGGCAAACUUUCUAACGGGAUGACGACGUGCAGCGGCUAACACCUCUUGUCGCUUCCGCAGGGUUUGGCUACCCUUGGUCCUGUUUGUGCGUGGUGUUGCGGUCUUCCGGCAGUCCAGGCACAAUGCCGAUAACGCUCCAAGCAAUUCAUUCGUGUUUCAAGGAUGAGCGAUGCCGUCUCCUUCGUCCGCCAUCGAUGGUUUUUGCUUUGGAAAGGAGACUGGCGUGAACUGUUUUUGCCGUCUUGCCGUACGAUUCCUAAAAUCUGGGGCAAUGAAUCCACAGUUUUAAAUUAUUAUUUUAUUUUUGCAUUUAGGAAUGUCGCUUCCCCAAAAGCAGGAGAACAGAUCCCUCGAUUCAACGAGAGAAUCGUAUCGAAUUGAUAUCAUUCCUCCUGGAUUCCGUGCCGGUACUCUAAAAAAGUGUCUACAACUGGGAAUUCCAAAUAUUGGCCUCGAAUCUAGAGUUAAAAACCAAGGCUGGGGUUAAGGAGAGGAAGAUCUCUUUCGUACAUCUUUAGUCUCAACGAUUAAAUUCGGGAGGGCGAACGGGCUCGAAAGAUCUGUGCAGCAGAUGGGAAGCGGAUCCUUGUUUGUUCACAUUAAAAUUCAACUUUGAUGCUUCUUCUUUCUCCACUUGUGAUCAAGAUCUUCUUCCAAAUUAACCCACACCUCUGUUGCUCUACCAAGAGACAAAUAUACUCAUUAUUCUACCCCAUGAUUCUACUAUUCUCCCUUCUAGAAGAGAGGACGUAUCUUACCCAAAAGGUAGUCCUCAACUUACAACAAUUCAUUUAGUGACCCUUCCACGUGACCGCGACACUGGCAGAAGUGACUUAUGACUGUUUUUCACACGACCGUCGCCGCCUCUCCAGAGUCACGUAAUCGAAAUUCAAAUGCAACUGGUUCAUAUUUAUGACGGUUGGAGUGCCCCGGGGGGAGUCAACGUGAUCCGGUUUUGCGACCUUCUGACCAGCAAAGACAAGGGGGAAAUCCCACUUCCCUUAACGACCGUGUUACUCACUUAACAAAUGCAACGAUUCACUUAACAACAGUGGCAGGAAAAGCCGCAGCAUGAGGCAAAACUCACUUUACGAAUGCUUCACUUAGCAACGUCAACGCCGGGCUCAGUUGUGGUCGUAAGGUGAGGAGUACCUGCACUCACAACCAUGAUUCAACGCUGUAGUUUUUCACUGAGUUGUCUCAGAGGGAGGAUUUAAUUCCUGAAUCCAGGUCGCCAAAAUCUUAAGCGAGCACCGGGUCGAAUCAUAGCAGUAAUUUUAUUACCGUAAAGUGUCUUCCAAAUUUUUUGCAGGUCAUUUCUGUGAGACAUCGAUUAUUAUCGUCUUUGGAAAAAUACUAAGCCCGAAAAGACUUUUAAGAGCUAACUUGACUUCCGUCAACUGGAAUGAAAUGCCUUCUUUUAACAUUAAAUGUUGACAAAUCUGGGUC